GCGGGCGCAGGCGGCCGCGCAGGCGCAGCGGCAGGCGCGGCCGUGGGGCCGCGGCGCGGGCGGAAGAUGGCGGGCCGCGGGGGGCGCGGGCGGAAGCGGCGCGGGUCGGCGGCGGGGCGCGCGGAGCCGGGGCCGGCCGCGGCGGCCUGCGCGUGCCCGAGGAUGAGCCGCUUCUGCCCGCAGUGCGGGCGCGGCGUGGAGCCGGCCUUCAAGUUCUGCCCGGGCUGCGGGGAGAGGCUGCCGCCGCAGGAGGAGGAGGAGAAGAAGGAGGCGCCGGCCCGGGCCCUGGCCCUGGCCGCCCGGGCGGAGGCAGCGGAGCCGGAGCCGAAGCCAGCACCAGCGCAGCGGCUGGCGCGGAGCCCCGCGGGCGGCGGCAGGGCGAGGAGCGGUUCCUGGUCGCCGCGGAAAGCCCGGAGCGCCGCGGUGGCGCCUCUGCCGCAGGACCAGGUCCUGACGGACCAGAGCAAGCAGCAGUGGAGGCUGGUGAAGCUCCUGGACCGGGGCGGCUGCGGGCUGAUGUACGAAGCACAGUCAGCAUCUGGAACCUGUCCUCAAAAGCAAAGAUACUCCCUGAAACUUGAUGUAAAAGAUGGCAAGAUCUACAAUGAACAGAACUUCUUCCAGCGAGCUGCAAAGAAAGCCACAGUGGAGAAGUGGAAGAAGCUGCAUUCUGUGCCAUUGCUGGGUAUCCCCGAUUGCGUUGGCUUUGGACUCCACGGAAAUAACUAUCGGUUUUUGGUGUUUCCUGAUUUAGGGCGAACCCUUCAGUCCAUCCUGGAUGAUGGUUUAAACCUACUGAGGGAGAAGGCAGCUUUUCAGAUUGCAGUCCGGCUGCUAGACUGCCUGGAGUACAUUCAUGAAAAUGAGUAUGUGCAUGGGGAUAUCUCCGCUGAGAACAUCUACGUGAACCCAGCUGACCUCACAGAGGUGACCCUAGCGGGCUAUUGCUUUGCGUUCCGUUACUGCCCAGGAGGGAAGCAUGUGGCUCGGCGUGAAGGCAGUAGGACCCCUCAUGAAGGCACAAUAGAGUUUAUCAGCCUAGAUAGCCACAAGGGAGCAGGACCAUCUCGUCGGAGUGACUUGGAAUCUCUGGGCUAUUGUCUGCUGAAAUGGCUCUGUGGCUUCUUGCCUUGGUCUGAUGAGCUGACCAAAAUAGAAAGCGUGAUGGAGAAGAAGGAAAGGUACAAGGGGGAUGUGACAGGCCUCCUCCGACUGUGCUUCAGGCAGAAAUUGAUUCCAGAUGCCUUGCAGAGCUACCUGCAGCAAAUAACGGCACUAGAGUAUGAGGAGAAGCCUGACUACGAAGCCCUGCGGCAGCUCUUGAAGAAGCCACUGGAGAAGAUGAGAGCUUCAGCUUAUGACUCGGUGGAUGUCAGGGUCGUACCCUAAAUCAAGAAAGCUUUCACAGGAAAAGAGUUCAGUUCAAAGCUUUCUGCACUGUGAGGCCUUUCCAGGAGACAUAUCUAACUUUUAUCUAGCUGUUUUAGAAUCGAGAGAGUUUUUAUAGGUGGUGUUCUCUGACUCUAAUGUGACCUAACACUGAAUCUUGAGCCACUGCUGUAAGAAGUUCCAGCUAAUGUGAAGGCGCUUCUGCAUGGCAAGUUACUGUAAGCAGUAGCUGAGCAGCUACCUGGAGAACUGUAACACAGCCACAGGGAGAGGGCCAAGCUUGGCACAGAGAACCUAAAUCAGGGACUUUUUGUAACUGUAUAGUCAGUACCUUGUUUUGUAAUAAACUUUGUGAACAAGCA